CGAGGCAACUUCGGGAGAACGGUGAGAUAACAGUCGAGACAACAUUUUAAUUUUUUAUAAGAUUCAGAAGCUACGGAAAAUAAGUUAAAUUGUAGAAAAAACAUGCCAAAAGAAAAAUCAACGAGGGCGAAAAAGAAGAAGGGAGGUGAUGUUAUGAGAAAGGGGCGAACAAAUAAAAAUGUGGAAGGUCCAGUUGAAUUUCAAGAGCAGACGACAAUGGAGACAUCAACAAAUAACGGAUUUGAGGGAGAAAUGGAUGUAUCACCCAGAGAUGAACCAUCGGGAUUCCGCAUGGAGAAUUCCAGGGAAACCAUUCGAGGAAUUGGCUCCACAAGCAAACAAGAUACCAGAAAAAAUACCAGUAGAAUUUCAGCAGUUGAUGUUAGAAAUGAAGUAAACAACUUGUUACAUCUAGCAACAGCCCCAAAUACUCAGGAAACAUACAACCAGGGACUAAGAUGCUUUGAGGAAUUCCAGGAUUCCCUAAACCUUAGCAAAAUAUGGCCCCCUACGUUAGAGCAAAUAGUUCUAUUUAUAGGUUAUAUGUCAGCAAAACAUCUCUCAGUGGCAACAGCUAGAACUUACAUUUCAGCUAUUUCUUACAAACUAAAAAUUCAAAACAAUAGGGAUGAAACUCAAAGCUUUCUGGUUAAGAAACUCUUAGAAGGAUUCAGAAGAAAGGUCAAGAAAAAUGAUGCCAGACUGCCAAUUACAUCAAAUAUAUUAAAUCAAAUACUACAAAGUUUGCACUUGGUUUGUACAAACUACUAUGAAUGCAAACUGUUUCAAGCCGCCUACACUUUAGCAUUUUUUGGUUUCUUUAGAGUUGGAGAAAUGACAGUAAAAAACCAAAAAGAUCUGGGACAUGCAAUUGAAUAUGAAGACAUAACAAUGUUUACAGAAGAAAAUAAAAUCCAAAUAAAAUUAAAGCAUUCCAAAGUGGAUCAAAUAGGGGAAGGAGAAACAAUUACUAUUCAGAAUAGCCAAUUUGGGUCUCAAAUACAACCAAUUAAGAUUAUUCAAGAAUAUCUAGCAAUACGACCUUCAGUGCAGGGGAAGUUGUUCUGUCAUUUUAGUGGACAACCAUUAACUAGAUACCAAUUUACGGCAGUUUUAAAUAAAGUUUUGUCGAUAAUAGGGUUAGAAGGUAAAAAAUACAAGUCUCAUUCAUUUAGAAUUGGGGCAGCAACCAGUGCAGCAAUGUUUGGUAUGUCAGAGGAAGAAAUCUGUAAAGCAGGAAGAUGGAAAUCUAAAGCAUACAAAAUUUAUGUUAGGAUGUAAUCAUAAUAUAAAUGUAGGUGUAACCCUUAAGACUGUCAUAUGUUUAAGUAUAUAUGAAAAUGGUUUCAAGUCAUAUAAUUAUAUAAUCUUGUCAUGUCUCUAUAUAUACACUUUCAGAACAACAGGUAUGGGUAGUGGGCUCAUCAAUAGUCAAAAGAGCAUUUUUAGCAGCUAGAAUCAGACCAGAUGGAGUUAACUUGGGACUAAUGGAUAGAUUAAAUGUGUCUAUUUGGUGGCAAGGAAAAGGGGGUAUGGGCUGGUAUGAAAUGUACAACAAGAUCAAAACAUUGCUGAAAGUUGCUGACCCUCCUGAUUACAUUAUUCUACAUUGUGGUGGUAAUAAUAUUGGGUACACACCAAUCAAACAGCUUAUACAAGAUAUGAAAGGUACAAUUGACAAAAUUUGGAAACUUUUACCCAAUACAAAGCUUGUAUGGUCACAAAUAUUGCCUAGAAAGAACUGGUAUUCAUCAGAUAGCAUAGAAAAAAUGAAUAAUUCUGCAAAAAGAAUCAACAGUUCAGUGGCGGCUUAUAUAGUAAGGAAUGGGGGAUGUUAUAUCAAGUAUUUGGAUAUCAAACUUGUAAACACAAAUCUUUUUGAGGCAGAUGGGGUCCAUAUAUCAAAUAUAGGCAAUGAAAUUUUUCUCAACAACAUUAGUGCAGGGUUAGAACAAUUUAUAACGAAUGGAUGGCAAGUGUAUCCAAAGUUAUACUAGAAUUUGGACGGGGUAUUUUGUGGCAAGGUCUUGGCUCCAGGAACUAGCCGCUUCCCCCCCUUGGUGGCGGUGGCUUCAAUGGUUAAUAUUGUAACCAUUUCCGCCAUGUGGAAGAAUGCGCGUCUGGUUCCUGUGAUUGGACAUUGAAUGAUUUGAUUGGACAAUAUUGUAUGUAUUGAAUUAUUUGGUGACAAUUUGGUCACAUAUAUAUAUGAUACACUUUGAUUGCCGCUCACCGGAAUCAUAGUCAUAUGGUUUUUUGUUUAAUUGAAAAUUGACAUUUUAAUGAUUGAUGUUUGGGGGUGAUUGCAAAUCGUCUCAUUGCCGUCAACCGGAAUGAGAAGAUCUGCGAAAUUUGUUGCUUGAUUUUAUGAUAUAACAUUAGGCAAUGAUGUGUUUUUGGCCUGUACCAUUUGGGUGUCAAUACACAGGUGUAAUUUACAUGGUAAAAUUUUAAUGUAAAACUUUAAAAUUUUACUCAUUGCCUAGUUGCCAAGACCAACAACAGCCACAAUGGGGAGGGGGGUGUUGUUAUAAAAUACAAUAAGUGCAAAAAAUAAACUUGUAUAUAGGUAAACAUAAUGUUAUGUCUUUAUUUCCAUCCCAGGACAAGGUCAGCUUACAAGUACAAUGUACACUACAAACUGCUAUCAUUUUGAAGUUUUGCAAGGCUGGUCUAUAAUAAUAAGAUUUAUAGAAUUAACUAUAAAUCCAUUUAUUUUAGCCAGACUUAAAUAUAUUUUAUUUCUGAGGAUUUUUUCGGAAACACUAUUCCGGAAUCCUACCGGAAAUAAGUUGGCAAAUAGAAUAGCAUUUCCUUUUAUGACGAGGCAAUUUCGGGAGAACGGUGAGAUAACAGUCGAGACAACAUUUUAAUUUCCCUUCCCACCCAUCCCAAAAAGUUGUAAGAAUAUGUACUGCGGAAAAUGUUUUCAAUUUUUCAGGUGAGCUCGAUUCUUGGAUAUAGUUCUGGUUAUGGGAAAAGAAACAAAUACAAUGGAGUGUGUUUGAAAAGACUGUCUUGGCAACUUGGGACCAGAUAAAGUACAUUUUUGAUUACGGAACACAAGAAGAAUGCGCGUCUGGUUCCUGUGAUUGGACAUUGAAUGAUUUGAUUGGACAAUAUUGUAUGUAUUGAAUUAUUUGGUGACAAUUUGGUCACAUAUAUAUAUGAUACACUUUGAUUGCCGCUCACCGGAAUCAUAGUCAUAUGGUUUUUUGUUUAAUUGAAAAUUGACAUUUUAAUGAUUGAUGUUUGGGGGUGAUUGCAAAUCGUCUCAUUGCCGUCAACCGGAAUGAGAAGAUCUGCGAAAUUUGUUGCUUGAUUUUAUGAUAUAACAUUAGGCAAUGAUGUGUUUUUGGCCUGUACCAUUUGGGUGUCAAUACACAGGUGUAAUUUACAUGGUAAAAUUUUAAUGUAAAACUUUAAAAUUUUACUCAUUGCCUAGUUGCCAAGACCAACAACAGCCACAAUGGGGAGGGGGGUGUUGUUAUAAAAUACAAUAAGUGCAAAAAAUAAACUUGUAUAUAGGUAAACAUAAUGUUAUGUCUUUAUUUCCAUCCCAGGACAAGGUCAGCUUACAAGUACAAUGUACACUACAAACUGCUAUCAUUUUGAAGUUUUGCAAGGCUGGUCUAUAAUAAUAAGAUUUAUAGAAUUAACUAUAAAUCCAUUUAUUUUAGCCAGACUUAAAUAUAUUUUAUUUCUGAGGAUUUUUUCGGAAACACUAUUCCGGAAUCCUACCGGAAAUAAGUUGGCAAAUAGAAUAGCAUUUCCUUUUAUGACGAGGCAAUUUCGGGAGAACGGUGAGAUAACAGUCGAGACAACAUUUUAAUUUCCCUUCCCACCCAUCCCAAAAAGUUGUAAGAAUAUGUACUGCGGAAAAUGUUUUCAAUUUUUCAGGUGAGCUCGAUUCUUGGAUAUAGUUCUGGUUAUGGGAAAAGAAACAAAUACAAUGGAGUGUGUUUGAAAAGACUGUCUUGGCAACUUGGGGCCAGAUAAAGUACAUUUUUGAUUACGGAACACAAGAAGAAUGCGCGUCUGGUUCCUGUGAUUGGACAUUGAAUGAUUUGAUUGGACAAUAUUGUAUGUAUUGAAUUAUUUGGUGACAAUUUGGUCACAUAUAUAUAUGAUACACUUUGAUUGCCGCUCACCGGAAUCAUAGUCAUAUGGUUUUUUGUUUAAUUGAAAAUUGACAUUUUAAUGAUUGAUGUUUGGGGGUGAUUGCAAAUCGUCUCAUUGCCGUCAACCGGAAUGAGAAGAUCUGCGAAAUUUGUUGCUUGAUUUUAUGAUAUAACAUUAGGCAAUGAUGUGUUUUUGGCCUGUACCAUUUGGGUGUCAAUACACAGGUGUAAUUUACAUGGUAAAAUUUUAAUGUAAAACUUUAAAAUUUUACUCAUUGCCUAGUUGCCAAGACCAACAACAGCCACAAUGGGGAGGGGGGUGUUGUUAUAAAAUACAAUAAGUGCAAAAAAUAAACUUGUAUAUAGGUAAA